AGAUCGACUCGCGGGGGGGACCGGGAGAUGGCGCUCAGCGGCAGCGACGGCGGCGAUCCGAACCCGCAGCACCCGAGCCAGCAGCCGCCGCCGCAGCAGCAGCAGCAGUGGAUGCAGCAGCAGCAACAGGGCCAGCAGCAGUGGAUGAUGGCGGCGGCGGCGGCGGCGGCGGGGGGCAUGAUGCAGUACCCGGCGGCGGCGAUGGCGAUGAUGCAGCAGCAGCAGCAGCAGCAGCAGCAGAUGAUGCUGUAUCCGCAGCAUUACAUGCCGUACCACUACCAGCAGCUCGCGGCUCAGCACCAUCCGUACCAGCUCCACCACCAGCAGGGCGGCUACCACCAGAAGCCGCAGCAGCCGCGCCAGCCGCCGCCCCCGCCGCCGCACCAGCAGCAGCAGCUGCAGCAGCAGGGCGCGGCGUCGGGCUCCGACGAGGCCAAGACCAUCUGGAUCGGCGAUCUGCACCACUGGAUGGACGAGACUUACCUCCACAGCUGCUUCUCUCACACCGGCGAGGUUUUCUCUGUAAAAGUAAUACGUAAUAAACAAACUGGUCAGUCAGAGGGGUAUGGGUUUGUUGAGUUUAUUUCACAUGGUACAGCAGAGAAAGUCUUACAGAGCUAUAAUGGCACUUCCAUGCCAAAUACAGAGCAGCCCUUCCGCCUGAAUUGGGCAAUGUUCAGUUCAGGUGAUAAGCGAUUGGACAUGGGUUCUGACCUUUCCAUAUUUGUGGGAGAUUUGGCUUCGGAUGUAACCGAUGCUUUACUGCAGGAGACUUUUGCUGCUAAGUAUGCUUCUGUUAAAGGGGCAAAAGUUGUGAUUGAUUCAAAUACUGGCCGUUCAAAAGGUUAUGGAUUUGUUAGGUUUAGUGAUGAGAAUGAGAAGUCAAGGGCCAUGACUGAAAUGAAUGGUGCAUAUUGCUCAAGUAGGCCCAUGCGUAUUGGUGUUGCUACCCCGAAGAAAUCAUCCGGGUAUCAGCAACAGUAUUCAUCUCAAGCCUUGGUGUUGGCUGGUGGACAUGCAUCAAAUGGUGCUACUUCACAAGGAUCCCAGGCUCACGAGUCGAACAAUUCUACUAUCUUUGUGGGAGGGCUUGACUCGGACGUUAGUGAUGAAGAUCUCAGGCAGGCAUUUUCUCAGUUUGGUGAGGUGGUCUCGGUAAAAAUACCUCCUGGAAAAGGAUGUGGCUUUGUGCAUUUUGCAGACAGGAAAAAUGCGGAGGACGCUAUGCAGGAGUUAAAUGGCACAAUCAUCGGCAAGCAGUCUGUUCGUUUAUCUUGGGGCAGAAGCCUUGCAAACAAGCAGUGGAGAACGGAGAGGAGUAACCAGUGGAACGGAUCAUACCAUGGUGGAUAUGCCAAUGGGCAUGCUGCUGCAUCGAACCAGGAUUCUGGCCUGCAUGUUGCGGCUGUGGCUAAUGGGGCUAUGUAAUAGAAGUAAGCUAAAAAACUUGUGGAUGUGGGACGAAUGGUCUUCUCGAGUUAUUCACGGAGUUAAAAGUGUGUGAAGAAUUUUUUCCCUUUUAGAUUGUGUUUUGACACUAGAAUUGCCUAGGGAUGUAUGAGUACUUUUAGUUGGAUUGUGGGAGUAGAGGAACAGCUUGAUUCUUUUUCGAUAAGCAAACUUAGAAGUGCAACUGGCAACCA